UUAAAUGCUGGAAAGUAAAUUAGCUCUUUGACUUAUAAAGUUGAAAGAAAAGAAGUAGACAUUGGACUAUAGGAGAAGUUUAAAUAAAGCAGACAAUUGCUCUGUUCUAGGAGAACAAAGGACCAGGUCUGUAUAAAGAGGACAGAAUAGAGCUGGCCGCAGGUCAGUGGAGCGGUCAUCACUGAAUUCAAAUUCAACAGUGCCUUCAUUACACAACCACAUUUAGUGCUCUGUGACGGUCCAGGGACGUCACUAGAUUUUCUGAGCGAGAGUCCCGGAAGUCUCUCAAUGUAUAAAGGUGUACUGUGUUCGUCAGAGUGACACCUUUUGGUUGUUAGCCGUGGUGAGCAGACGUUUGGUGAUUCUCUCUGUCGUCUGCUCUCUCUCUGUGAGUGACAGUUGGUCGCAGGACAGAACUGUAUCGCACAGAAACCGCUAACAAUCAGGGGUCCCCAGUCUUUCCUGUGUCUCCAUCACUGGAUGAAUUAUCCUUAAUAUCCUCUAAUUAACCAAUUAUUGAUUGAUUGGACUGGAUAAGUGUAAAGCCAGAGUUUGUAAGUUAUUAAACAACUUAGAGCAACUUUGUGACGUCAGUGAGAAUUUUACCUAAUGGCUAUUGAAGAAAUAAAGAACCAGAGGAUGGAUAAUACAAGCAGCAUUCUAGAAAAGCAGAUAAACAGUGAAAUCCUGAGACAGGCCGCCUCCAAGACCCUGUCAGUAGGAGUAACAUCCCUUGAGAUCUUCAGAAACAGGGUAUCCAAAAGAGUGAAAAUCUUGGACGUCAAAUUAUCGUUAUCUUACCAGGAUAAUUUCCAGACAGAGACUGAGAGAUUGGAGAAGCAGUUAGUGAGGCACGGGAAGAAGUGGUCUUGGCCGGUCCCCCAGGGGUCACGCUCCAUUGUCACAUUUCCCUAUUGUCCCGGGGACAGGGUAAAUCUCAAUGUGGGACUUAUUGUACACACGACCAAAAAGCAUGGAUUCUUUAGCAAAGAGGUUAUCACAAAUCCGGCUGGAAACGCGACGGAAUGUAUAGUGAUGGCAAAGAACAACGGUGUGGGCAUCGGCCUCCCCCUCCACACCGUCAUCAACCAACACAUCAGGCUGAACUUUGAUGUGGACGGUUACGGGCACCACCUGACCAUGAAGCUCCGGUGUGAGUUACUAGGGGAGUCCAAGGCCAGCCCCUCCCUCUGGCUCCGUCCCUCCACAGCUGACAAACCGUUCAGAACCUCAAUGUCCCUGUACGAAAUCUUGUCCAGCAAUGAAAAUUUCCCACCGAAACAGAAAGAAGAUGGCGGGAAGAUGAGGGGGUACAUCUGCAACAGUCAAAGGUUGGUGAAUUAUUUACGGACAGCAGUGACUGAAUGCUGGUCGUUCCGACCUUGUUGCUCAAAUCAGGAAAUUCCCUCGGGGAUCCAAGUCCGGCAGAUCAGUUCCAAUAAACCCAUGGCCUGCUUGAUUCCAGUGGUGGAACAUCGGGAGUACAAUGGUAGACAGCACCUGAAGCUUGCUCUGUUGGUUGUGGGGAGUCGUGGCCCCUACUGUCUGUGUGCCACUAGAUGGCGUAGUGCAGACAAGUUUGACUUCAAGAUUCACUACUAUGAGAAGGACGAGACAUGGGGACAAAGGAUAAAAUGGGCAGCGCGUGACUUCCUGGACAUCGACCACAUCAUCACUAACAGUACUGCACACCAGUUCUACUUCAAACCUGAGAGGGAAAAUCCCUUUAUCGACCUGUGUGUAGGACUGGCCCUCAAAUUCCUGGUGCGAUGGUCAGACGAGAUCAUGCCAUGGAAACUCGAGGGCGCUCGCGAGUUUACUGAGGCGGACUUUGACCAGUGCAAUAGCAAAGAGGCUGAUUUACUGGGCGCUCAGAGACCACGAUCUUCCGUGAGCUCGCUGACCAAUCAGAAUGAGAGUCUUCCUGAGUUCUUAGAAUCUCACAAUCUUGCGCUGUUUUCAGACAUUGCAGCCAAAUUGUCACAUGUCACAGAAUACAUUCCCCCUGAACCAGAAGUCCCAAGGAGCAAGUUAAUGCGGAGAGGAAGUGGAAGUAGUUAUGGAGAAAGUAAUCACGGUUCUGAACGUUACAUCAAAAAGGAACAGAAAUACCGCGGAAGCACAAAGAAAGACUUCAAAAAGGCAGGCAGUGCAAUAGAAAUUCGUAACGAGAGCGACGGGGACGAUUUUACAUCAGGAUUUGUGGAGGGUUGUUCGAGUGGUCCACGGUCCUGUCCUGGGUCAUACGUAGGCAUCGAGUCCCUGAUCGACUGAGAAAAGAACCAAUAUCCAUUGUAUAUGUACAUAUCAUUACAUAGAAUGUUAACAAAUUAUAUUACUGAGAGGAAAUCAGACUCCCAACACUCUGACCCAUUUCCAUUGUAUAUUUAAAAUGUUAAAAUAUUUUAUGAACUGUGUUUAUUCAAAGUAUAGAUAGGUUGUGUAUUGUUGUGAUAAACAAAUUUCAGAGAAUUCCAAAGUACUGCAGUGAAGAGCUCAGCACUGUACGAGUACACAUAAUUAGGUCAUAGUUAUAACGUAUUCACCCAGCCACUUUUCACUGUUUUAUUCAUGCUUUCAUUUUAUAUUAUUUGUAUUUACGUAUUUUAUAGCUCUUUCAGUUUGUAUUGCAGCACAAUUGUGUUUUACUAUAGCGAGCUGUGCAUCAUAUGCAGUUGACUAAAUUAUUUAAAAUCAGAAGAAAUAUAGCAAUUUAUGGCACAAUUUGUUGUUCUAAAUUAUUAUAGCCAAAUUUAUAAUAUCAUAUAAACAACAUAUAACUGAAUAAAUACUCAGGCUUGUUUUGUCACAUAACUAAUUCCCCCGGGAAAACAGUUUUUGAUGUACAGCACUGCAUUGUGGGUAUAACGGCCAGAUUUCAUUUAUGGUUUAUGAUUUUAUAAUUAUUGGUGACAAGUUGUACAUAAUAUUGAUUAUGUAUUGUGUAUAAAAGAAACCCUGAACUAUAUUUUAUAUAUUUUGCAAGCUGUUAAGUAGUCUCAUUGCCUUUGUAAUCAUUGUUGCUCUGUUUUCCCAUGCAUUUUUCCAUGUUGAAUAAAUUAUAAUGUGUUAAUGCAACACGAUUACUGUUUUAUCAUCCGCUUUUUAAAAAAUUAUUUUUACACCAACUUCAAUCUUGUCUACCUUGGUGCAUUUAAACAUUUUCGUUUUUCGCAAAUGGCAAAAUCAUCAGAAAAAUCUGUGAGGGUCUAAAUGAGUCAUCCUAAUUAAUUAACAUUCUUUACUUUUAUGAGAAGUUCAAUCCAUUUAUCAUGGCUAGGUCAUUAUCUUCAACAUAAUGCUCAGUGGUCACAUGACAUAACUAGACAGGUCGUAAUAUUUCAUACGGAGCCGUCGCAUAUAAUGUCUUGUGUACGAUAUUUUGCAUUAAUUUGAAUUAAUAAAAAGUAGGAAGUUAACAUCAGGUUUAGACAAGGAUUUCUGAGUGGAAUUGCCAUCUUGAUUUUAAAUGCCUAGAAGGUCUUUGACUUUCAACACUGGGUUUGGUCGUGGAGUAUGAUGGUUAUUGUAAAACUCUAUACAGUAAUCAUGGAAUAUACCACAGAGAACAUUGUUCCCCUUCCUCAUGUUGUAUACUUCAUAUUUCACAUCUGUGUGCACAGAGUUUUUAUUCAUUCUGAACAUUAUAAUAGUAUUCCAUUAUAUUCUUUAAUUAAGAGUUCAUGACAUUUUUUUAUCACUUUGUCAGGAGAAAAAAUGUCGAGCAGUCUUUCACAUGGUGCCUGUCUGUACUUGCAUAAUUGGCCGUCUUGAGUAUAUGUGUUCUGUAUGUCAAUCUGUUUCACGUCUGUUUUUAUAUUGACUUGUGGUUUAUUGUGUGAUUGGAUUAUUUUAUCAGAGAGUAUAUGUUAAUUAUACUUUUACACUACCUGUCAGUGCGAUUACCAAUUUACCGUAAUGCAGUCUUUUAUCAAAUCGUUUGUGAGUUUAUGAUAUGAGUUUGGGUCAAACAUCAGCAAGAGCUUAUUCACAGAUUGUCUUUUGUCUUGUUCUGUACAUAAUUUGUAGUUUAUUGUGUCCCACACUGUAUCCAUCAUGUGUAGUUGUGUCCCCUGUAUUGUUAGUUUUAGUCCUGUAGAGGUCACUGUGUUCAGUUUGUAUUGGGCACCAGUGACCUGUGUCUGCCCCAAAUUGUUUUACAUCAAGUUACAGCUCAAUAAAAUCACUAAAACUAAACAA